UAGUCCAUCCUCCACACCAACACGGACAGCUGGCUUCAGGAUAUCCUGUUGCCUUGCGCAUGCGCACUGCAGUCUACACAUUCGGAGUGAACUACGUUGCUUUCUGAAAGAUGACUGUGAGUUUCUAAAGAAAACACAAGGAAAUUCGACGUCACGUUCGAGGUGGCAGCGAUGGCGACCGACUCAGAUAGGAAGUCUCUCCUGAGAAACGAAUGUUACUCGGACUUCCUGAGUGAGGAGUUUGAUGUGAAGACCUACACAGCUCAUGCCAUCCACCAUGCAGUGAUCACUGAACAUCUGGCCAAGCUUGCUGAGGGCAUCAGUCAGCUGGACAAGGAGCUUCACUGCCAGGUUGUGGCUAGACAUGAAGAUCUGCUCGCUCAGGCAACUGGGAUCGAGUCUCUGGAAGGUGUUCUUGAUAUGAUGCAGGCUCGGAUAGCGGCUCUGCAGAGCGCUGUGGACAGGAUAAAGACCAAAAUUGUUGACCCUUAUAAUAAGAUAGUGGCCCGGACUGCCCAGCUGGCCCGACUGCAGGUUGUGUGUGAUCUUCUGAGGAGGAUCAUCAGAAUCCUGUAUCUGAGUAAACGGCUCCAGGGUCAGCUUCAGGGGGGAAGCAGAGAGCUGACCAAAGCUGCCCAGAGCCUGAAUGAACUGGACUACCUGUUUCAGGGGGUGGAUCUGACCGGCAUUGAAGUCAUUGAAAAUGACCUGCUGUUUAUUAGUCGUGCACAUCUGGAGGUGGAGAACCAGGCCAAGAGACUUUUAGAGCAGGGGAUGGAGAUCCAGAACCCGUCUCAGGUGGGAACGGCGCUGCAGGUCUUCUACAACCUGGGCAGUCUGAAGGAGACCAUCCUCAGCGUGGUGGAAGGAUACAAGACCUCGGUGCAUGAGAGCAUCAUCAGUGCCCUGGAUAUUAAAGUCCUCACACAGCCUGCUAACAUUCGAGGAGCCCCAGGUCGAGCUGUAAUGCCCACUCCAGGGAACACGGCUACGUUUCGUGCUGCUCUGUGGACCAACCUGGAGAAAAUGAUGGACCAGAUAUGUGCUGCAUGUUCUCAGGUGCAGCAUCUCCACAAGGUUCUGACCAAGAAGAGGGAUCCUGUCACUCAUGUGUGCUUCAUCGAUGAGUUCAUUAAGGACGGCCAGUCGGACAUCUUGUACAUGUUCUGGGACUCCAUCACCCAGAUGCUGUCUGUGGAGCUUCAGAAAACCACAGAAGCCUCCACAUUCCUGAAGCAAGCUCUGGAGGGAGAGUUCCCCAAGCUCCUGAGGCUCUACAACGAGCUGUGGAAGCGUCUGCAGCAGUACAGUGCUAAUAUCCAAGGCCUGCUGGGCAGCAGCGGCUCGGGGCUGGACCCGGACCUGACCAUCUCUGAAACAGACACACAGGAUCUCUUCACAAACACCAAACCAGAUUAUGAUCUAGAGAAAGCUCUGAAGGCUUCUCUUCAGCCAUACGAAGCAGCGUACCUGUCCAAAUCCCUCUCUCGCCUGUUUGACCCCAUCAAUCUGGUGUUUCCACAGGGGGGGUAUAGCCCACCAUCCACAGAUGAAAUGGACAGCAUCAUCAAAACCAUUGCCAGUGAGCUGAACGUGUCUCUGGUGGACCCUGGACUGACCAUUGCUGUGGCUAAGAACAUCUCCAAGACAGUGCAGCUGUUCUGUGUGAAGUCUGAGCAUCUGCUCUGUACUCAGGGAGAUGCCAGUCAGGUGAUAGGUCCUCUAACAGAAGGUCAGAGGAGGAACGUGGCUGUGGUUAAUUCCCUCCAUCACCUGCAGCAGUCUCUGACUAAAGUAAUAUCCAUGCUUCCUUCCUUCCCUCCGGCUGCAGAGCAAGUGCUGACAAUGUCUUUAGAGGCAGUCCAGACUCUAAUGGACAACGCAGUCCAGCCUUUGUUGACAUCUGUGACGGACUCAGUAGAAGCCAUUCUCCUUACCAUGCACCAGGAAGACUUCUCUGGUCCACUCUCAGCCGGAGAGAAGCCGGACAUGCCUUGCUCUCUGUACAUGCGGGAGCUGCAGGGUUUCAUAUCCCGGGUGAUGAACGACUACUUCUGCCACCUGCAGUCAGUGGACUUCCUGUACGACAGGACCGAGGCCAUCGCCCAGCGUGCCAUCACGCUCUUCAUCCGCCACGCCUGCCUCCUCAGGCCUCUGGGUGAGGGCGGAAAGAUGAGACUGGCUGCAGACUUCGCCCAGAUGGAACUGGCUGUAGCUCCACUGUGCAGACGAAUAUCAGACCUGGGAAAAGCAUACCGCCUGCUGCGCUCCUUCAGGCCUCUUCUCUUUCAGACUAGUGAGCACAUAUCCAGCAGUCAGGCCGUGGGUGACCUGAUCCCCUACAGUACCAUACUGCACUUCCUAUUCUCCCGCGCUCCAGCAGAACUCAAAUCUCCUCACCAGAGAGCCGAGUGGUCUGUAGCGAGGUACUCUCAGUGGCUUGAUGACCACCAGUCUGAGAAAGAUCGCCUUAUUCUGAUCAGGGGCGCUUUGGAGGCCUACGUGCAGUCUGUCAAAGCCAGACAGGGGAGGAAUUUUGCCCCGGUGUAUCCCAUCAUGCUCCAGUUGCUGCAGAAGGCCACCAGCAGCUUGGUAGAAAGAUGAGCGGUCAGGGAUUAGCCGGAAUAACGCUGUCCGGUGUCCAUCACUACAAACUCUGUCUCUCAGUGUAUGAUUAUUUUAUUUCUGAGUGGUGGGAAGGGUGGGAGCUUCUGUAAAUCAUCAUGUUAGACACACUCUGUUACCAUGGUAACCUCACCUCAUUGUUAAUGGAGUUUAGUUUGAUUCUUGUUCAGGUUUUUUUUGUGGAGCAGGAUAUUAAAGACAGAUUUUGAUCAUCAGAUCCAUGUGUUUCAGCUGGGUUUAGAAUUCCUCUUCAUUUAGACUUUUAUAUACACAAUGUCUCUGUACACUGCUUAUUUAUUUACAGAAUAAAUGGAGCUGUAACACUUUC